CAUAAAAAUAACAGCUACGUCGGAUUCAGGCAUACCAACAUUACGAAUUUCGAAGAUGGCCUACGAAUUUCGAAACUACGAUACGACAACACGGAUUUCAGCAUACCAAUUUUACGAUUCGUAGCAAAAUCGAAUCUACGACGGAUAGCAUACAUAGUACAGCAUAGGGGUGAUAGUGAAACGGGUCAUACGUAUAAAGAGAGCAAAAAUAACAAUAAUAAAUGCAUAAACUGUAAAAACGCCAAGGAGAGAUUGAAAUUGUCAGACAUUGACACAAAUCAUGAUUGCGGAGAUUCAAACUGUCGAGUUUUACAAAGAAAGAAUAAGUUGGAGGCUGAAAGAGUGGCUUAUUUGCAGCCAAAGUUUCGUUAAGAAACUAUAACAUUAUACGUUGUGAUAGUAUAUCUAGACAUACUGGAGGGGUUUGUUUCUAUUUAAAUGUUAAAUGGCAAUAUAAAAUAAUAGACUGUCAUUCGAUUGAAAAAAUUAUGGUGGAAUUAGGUGCGAAAGUGAAAAACAGUGCUUAGUUGGAGUUUAUAGAUCACCAAAUAGACAAACAUCUCCAGAGGAGCACUUUAUAAAUUUUUAUGAAUCAAAAAUGGAAAAUAUCUCUGAAAAUGCGAGCAUAUUAAUAACGGGGGACUUCAACAUUGAUUGGCUAAAAGCCAAUAAUCAUACAAAGAGACUGGAGGAAAUUAUUAGCGAUAACUAUUUAAAACAAAUUGUAACUCUCAUUUUUGUUGUUGGUAUUUCCGACAGGGUAGGAGUGUGAUGUAAUGUGGAACGGGAUGACGGAAAGUUGUAACUCAGCCAACGAGAAUUACAAAUAAUACUUCAACUUUAAUUGAUUAUGCAGUGACAAAUAUUGAAAGCAUGGUAGCCAAAACAAAUUAUAAAAUGAAAAUUAGUAAUCACGAAUCAAUAGAAUUAUUAAUCCCAUUAAAAGUAAAUAAAAAAUCCAUAAAUCGAAAAUACAAAAAAAAAAAACAUUACACUUUAACAAUGCAAAAUUCCGAAACAAUUUUCUACGUAGUGGCAUACUUGAAAUUCAAACAACUGAUUCUACCAGUAACUUUGCUAACAUACUAGUAAAUAGUAUAAACAACUCAUUAAACCUCAUGAUAGUUAGUAAAAAUAUACAAAUUGCAAAUAAUACAAAACAGUGGUUCAACAACAACUUGAAAGAAAUGAAAAAAAUUAAAAUACAUCUCUACAAUUUAGCCGUUUGGUUCGACAACGAUUACCAUUGGGAAAAUUACAAAAUACUAAGAAAUGAAUACACAUAGAACUUGAGAAAGCUAAGGGAAGCUACAUAAAUAACAGAGUAAACAAAUGCACAAAUCAAAAGGAUAUGUGGAGAACAAUAAAAGAAUUAGAAUUUAAAUUUGAAUUACUAAGUAUAACGAACUUAAAGGAAACGAUGGAAAAUAUGAACAAUAAAAAGGACCACAAUUUUCUCACGGUAAAAAUGUUACUGGAAAAUUUCGAUAUAAUCGGACCACACUUACACCGAGUAAUAAUAGAAUCUUUCCAAACAGGGAAGAAUACAAAAAACCCAAAUGAAAUAAGACCAGUAAAUAUGCUAUCAACAAUAAGCAAAAUAAUGGUAAAAAUAGUACAAAAUCAACUAAAUAAAUACUUUGAAAAAUAUAAUUUAUUUUGUGAAGCACAAUGUGGAUUCAGAAAGAACCAUAGUUGUGAAUCCCUUUUAAACCUGGUGGUAUCACAGUGGAAAAUGGAAAUAGCGCGGAAAAAUUGUGUCAUUGCAGUUUUCAUAGACCUAAAGAGUACUUUCGAGACCGUUAACAGAGAUAUUUUAAUGCAAAAACUAGAAAAGUACGGUAUAAAAGACAUUGAGUUAAUUGGUUUCAGAGCUACUUGAGCAACAGGACUCAAAAAAACGAAAAGCGGAAACUGUAUAUCAACACCAAUAAAUAUUAGCGUAGGAGUGCCACAAGGGGCAGUUUUGGGAACACUACUAUUUUUAAUCGACAUAAACGAUAUGCAAAAAAUUUUAAAUAAGUCGAAAGUGUGUAUGUUUGCUGAUGACGUGCUGGUAUAUAUUUGCGGAAAGGAUGCGGAUGAAUGUGUACAAAACUUAAACGAAGAAAUAAAAAAUAUUGAGAAAUAUCUAAAAAUUAAUAAACUUAAAAUCAA